AKGGGCAGCGGCAAGAUGGCGGAGCCCGAGCCGAAGCGGAAGAUCCCGCUGGUGCCCGAGAACCUGCUGAAGAAGCGGAAGGCCUACCAGGCCCUGAAGGCCACGCAGGCCAAGCAGGCGCUGCUCAACAAGCGCAAGCACCAAAAAGGGAAACAGAUCCAGUUUAAACGCCUGGAGACUUUUGUUCGAGAUUCCUGGCGCAAACACCGAGAUGAGGUCAGGCUGCGGCGCAUGAAGCAGAGGCCUGGAAGGGUGGCUGUGCCACAGGACCACAAACUGGCCUUUGUUGUACGGAUUGCAGAGAUUAAGGGAAUAAGUCUGAAGGUACGAAGAGUGAUUGAGUUGCUUCGGUUGAGAAAAAUUUUCAGUGGAACAUUUGUCAAACUGACUCCACACUCUCUGAAUAUGCUAAGGAUUGUGGARCCUUAUGUGGCAUGGGGAUACCCUAAUCUCAAGUCUGUACGAGAGCUCAUUCUGAAACGGGGUCAAGCCAAGAUUAAUGAAAAGAAGGUCCCUCUGACAGACAAUGUGUUGAUAGAAGAACAUUUAGGAAACUGUGGUAUUAUUUGUCUGGAAGAUCUCAUUCAUGAAAUCUACUCAGCUGGGAAAUACUUCCAAAAAGUCACGGACUUUCUGUGGCCAUUCCAUCUGUCAGUGGCUCGCCACGCUGCACGGAAUCAAGUGGGUUUCCUCAAGGAAAUGGGCAAGCCMGGCUGCAGAGGUGAAGAAAUCAACCGACUUAUCCGUCAGCUGAACUGAUGAGGGUCUUUGAAAACAUUGAGGUUUAUGAGCUGUACCUCGUCAGAGGUAAUUUUCAUGGACAUCUGGUUCUGCUGUAAAUACUGCAACCAUCUCCUGAUUGCUGCUGGCUUUAUUUUAAAAAUAAAAUUAAYGGUGCAGUUUAAGGAAGAAGAGAAGAUACAUUUGGUGUAAGCACAAGGCGACUUGAACUUCCUGGAGCAAGUUGACUUCGGCACCUCAGCAAAACACACUUUUUGGAUGCCUUAACGCAGUUAUGUAUUGGCCAUUUCCUGCCUCUAACUGUGGCAAAAAAAUAACUCGUCAAAAAACAUUGGUUGUYAUUCCAUUUAAAUUUUAUUUUUUACAAAUGAUAUGUGGUGUUAAUACAUUGAUCCAUUUCUCACUGAGGGAAAUGCUUGAAGCUGCACUUGCUGGUAUAGUCCUCUUCCCAGGUAGACAUAGGCCAUGCAGUCUCYGGUUUAAAACAGUGCUCUGCUGACAGGCAGAGGAAUAGGGUGGGUACUGUCCUCAGCGCAGUGCCAGCCCUGGCCAGGAAUACCAGGUAAUGGAAGURUCUGAAUCAUGCUUUUUUUACAAUCUCUGAAUUGUACUGGUAACAUGAGAUAGAACAACUUGACCUUCUUUUCUAAGUUCAACUAUUCCAUGGUAGGAAAGCCCAUUAAAUCUAUAAUAUGGCUUCAGAUUAUAUAUGAGUAAGGUUUUUUUAAUAAACUUUUUUAAAAAAGGAAAAAAAAGUUACAAUAUUUUUGCCUUACAGGAUUCAGGACUACUGGACCUAGGCUCUUUGCUGUUGUAAAGCAGUUACUGUUUUUGAGGUUGACACUUUGAUGGUACGAAAGCAAAUACCUACUCUCUAUCACCACUUACAAUAGAACAAGUGAAA